AUGGCAAAAAGAUCUAUGCAAGAGGGUAAUUACGAAAAAGAACCCGAGAACAAAUACGUAGAUAUCAAAAAAUACCCCCCACCAAAUAUUCUAUUGGGUAGAACUGUACACGAAUGGUACCAACUUAGGAAGAUAUGGGUGAAGAGAUUGAAGAAUGUUCUCAAGAUGAACGGAUUGAAAAUGGAUAUCAAGCAGAUCGAAGCACAGUGGGACGGAAAAUUCGACGACAUAAUUCCCGUGUUAAGACAAAGAAGAUUUUUCGAUCCCGAAUACGUAUCUAGUCGAUCCAAAAGAAAUGUCAUACCCGGGGAUGAAUACAAGUGGGAAUUACCUAUCAAAUACGAUUUCCACGAAGAUCUAAGUACGCGUAAUUAUCCGGGGAUGAAGUGGGAAUUACCUAUCAAAUACGAUUUCCACGAAGAUCUAAGUACGCAAUCUAAUAAAUGUUUAUUUGCUUUUAACAACAAAUUAAUUUCAAAGUUAUUAUGUAGGAGACGUGCUCGUUUAUCUCCAAAAAUGAGCUUACCUAGACUGAAUAAGCGCUCUACGGGAGCACUUUAUGUGACCAUAAUAGCUCACGAGAUAGGUCACUCUGUCGGUUUUUUCCACGAACAGUCUAGACCAGGCAGGGAUGCCUACUUACUAAUCAACAUGAGCGCCAUUAACGUUCUAGCGGCUUCUAGCUUCCACGUCGACGAAGGUGUAGAUUACGGAUCUCCAUAUGAUCACGGCUCCAUUAUGCACUACGGACCCAAUGCCUUUUUGCAAAAGGGAUUUGUCGGCCCCGUCAUUAGAACUACGGAUUCUCUUAUGCAGACCACGAUAGGAAGCGGAACGGAACUGUCAUUUUACGAUUCAAGAUCUGCCAACAGAUUUUAUUGUUCAGGUGAUUGCCCUGACAAUGUCGGGGAUGUCGUAUUGACUCCAUCGUCACCUACUGCGAUUAUCAAUUCUUUCAAUUAUCCCAAUAAUUAUUCUUUGAGUAGCCGAUGCAAUUGGAGAAUAAAAGCUGUAGACCCGAACAACACAUCUUCGACCCCAAAACUCAUCUUUCAAUUCUACCAAACGCCGAUAUUCGAUAUGGUCAUAUCUAACAAAUCGGGUUCUUGCCGACAUUUCCUCGAGGUGAAAUAUGCCAUCGAUGUUGCCGGUACCGGGCCAAGGUUUUGCGGAAAUACCUCCUAUCCCAACAUGAUAAUAUCGCACACGGAUACGCUCCUCCUCGGAUUUCGGUCGUAUUCCCAACACACCAAUUAUACCGCAUUGGGCUUUAAGGCUAUCAUUACAUAUUGCGAUAAUUGCACCCCCAACGCUACUCAAAACAUAUCGUCCCAGUUUGACCCCGAAGAUUUCACGGUGACCUACCGAUGGGCCUACACAGAGCCCUCUUUUUUAACAAUGACGGGUAGUCCUCAUGAGACUGGAUCCACUUCCAACGUUAGCGAUAGUAAACCCGCAUGUCCUACUCAAAAUAGGAACAAUCUUACCACCCCCAUCCCACCUAUUCGUCCACCGUGUACGCGAUGGACUGAUUGGAGUUUGUGCACCGAACCAUGCGGAGGCUGCGGAAAGCAAGUUAGCCUAAGACGGUGUCUACCCAACAUCCAUAAAUCGGAAUGGAUAAAGACUAGAAGCUGCAAGGCUGAGCCUUGCGACGUUAAUAAAACCUACAUUUGCCACGUACCCAAGUACUAUCCGACCUACGAUUGUUUUUGCCAGAGGACAGAACAGUGCUGUUAUGGGUAUUCAGCUCAAAAUAACACAUGUCAGCAGCUAGAGGUGAUAAACCCGGAGGAUAUCAGAAAUAAAAUAUUGGGUAAGUCUAGGAUUCCCACCAGAUUUAGGAUUAACAAAGUAAGGGCGGAGAACGUCGUGGAAAAUGAUGAGUCCCAACAAGUUGUAUCUAGAAGGAGGAAGGAUAAAACUAUAUUCGACUUUAUACUCAAUCAUAUAGAUUCCACUGGUAGGAUUUUCAUAAAUUGA